AUGAUCAUACGGAUACCAACCAUCGCCAUCGGCGCUCUCUGCCUCUCCUCCGUCCCCUUUGCCGCAGCACUCAGCGCCAGCGAGAUACCGGCGGACACGCCUGUCUCGCAACUGAUCGCGAGCGCUAAUGCGAACCUGGCUCAGGGCAAUGCCCAUGAUGCGCUGACGUACUUCGACAUCGCUGUGCAACGGGAUCCGAGCAACUACCUGACCAUCUUCAAGCGAGGCGCAACAUAUCUCUCCUUGGGGCGGAAUUCUCAGGCCAGCCGCGACUUUGAUCAGGUGUUGCAGUUGAAGCCCGGGUUUGAGGGUGCGUUGACGCAGAGGGCGAAGAUCAAGGGUCGGAACGCAGACUGGGCUGGGGCGAAGAAGGACUACUUGGCCGCUGGCAAGAAAGAUGGUGAGGAGCUGGCGCAGUUAGACGAGGCGGAGGGUGCGGCGAAGUUGGCGGCGGAUGCUGAGAAGGCGGCAGACUGGGAAAACUGUGUGACCCAUGCGGGAACGGCGAUCCUCGUUGCCGGCACAUCGCUUGAACUGAGGCAACGGAGGUCAAGAUGUCGGUUCGAGAAGGGAGAGGUGAUGGAGGGCAUCGCAGACUUGAACCACGCAUUGCAGAUCAACGCUGCCUUGACCGAGCCAUACCUGCAAAUUGCCGCGAUGACAUACUACUCCCUUGACAACAAAGCCUGCGCGAAACUCCGGAAGUCGCAGAAAGCAAUCGACCGGACAUUAAAGAAGUUCAACCAACUUUUCGAGAAACGACAAUUUGCAUCCGCAAUUAAGCUAUUAGUCCCACAAGGCGCCGAAGACCCAGGCCUCCUCCAGGAAGUAUCGGAUGACACAAAGGCAUGGCGGGAGGCGGGCUACAUUCACCCGCAAGCGUCAUCCGGCCUCUACGGCAACCUCAUCGACAAGACUUGCGAAGCCUACUACGAGAUGAACAACGCCAAAAAGGCCAACCAGUACUGUGGCGAAGCUCUCACUUACAACCCGACCUCUCUUCCGGCCCUCUUCAACAAAGCACAACGACAAAUCGAUGCAGACGACUUCGAGCCGGCCAUUUCGACACUCAACAUCGCAAAGGAACACCACGGCGCGCAGCAUCCCAAAGUCAACGAGCUGCUCCAAAACGCACACAACCUUCUCAAGCGCAGCAAGCAAAAAGACUACUACAAAGUCCUCGGCGUCUCGCGAGAUGCCGACGAGCGUGACAUCAAGCGCGCCUUCAGGAAGCUUACCGUUCAGAACCAUCCAGACAAAGCGCACCAGAACGGCAUCACGCAGGAGGAAGCGCAGAAGAAGAUGGCGACCAUCAACGAAGCGUACGAAGUGCUCAGCGAUCCGGAGUUGAAGGCGAGAUUCGACCGCGGUGACGAUCCGAAUGAUCCGCAGUCAGGGCAGCAGCAGCCGUUCCAGGGCUCGCCGUUCGGGUUCGGAGGGGGAGGCCAGCCGGUGUUUUUCCAGCAGAGAGGUGGAGGAGGUGGUGGCAGCUUCAAGUUCCAGGCUGGAGGAGGAGGAGGAGGGUUUCCGUUUGGUGGUGGCGGAGGGUUUCCGGGUGGUUUCCCGUUCUAG